GGCAGUACAGCAUUUGAGAGGGUGUCUAUUUAGCAAGCUGAAAUGACAACCCUGUCGAUGCUUUUGAUGGCCAUAUCGGUCGCAUCAAUAUUUGCUGAGUCCUCCAUUUAUUUCCGAGAACAAUUUGAAGAUGGGGAUGCCUGGAAAAGCCGAUGGGUAGAAUCCAAACACAAGUCAGACUAUGGAAAGUUUGUUCUCACUGCUGGGAAAUUCUAUGGAGAUGUAGAGAAAGACAAAGGCCUUCAAACCAGCCAGGAUGCUCGCUUUUACUCUGCAUCCUCCCGCUUUGAGUCUGUCAGCAACAAAGACCAGCCACUGGUAAUCCAGUUUACUGUGAAACAUGAACAGAACAUUGACUGUGGUGGAGGCUAUAUCAAGCUUUUCCCAGCUGAUCUCAACCAGGAGGAAAUGCAUGGAGAUUCCACAUACAACAUCAUGUUUGGUCCUGACAUCUGUGGUCCAGGUACUAAGAAAGUUCAUGUGAUCUUCAACUACAGAGGCAAGAAUCACUUGAUCAACAAAGACAUAAGAUGCAAGGACGACGAAUAUACCCACCUGUACACACUGAUAGUCAAUCCGGAUAACACCUACGAGGUGAAGCUCGACAACAAGAAAGUGGAGUCUGGAAGCCUAGAGGAGGACUGGGACUUCCUUCCCCCCAAGAAGAUCAAGGACCCUGAUGCUGAGAAGCCAGAUGACUGGGAUGAGAAGGAGAACAUUGAUGAUCCUGAAGACAUGAAACCAGAGGACUGGGAUGUGGCUGAGAACAUCCCUGACCCUGAUGCCAAGAAGCCUGAUGACUGGGACGAUGAGAUGGAUGGUGAAUGGGAGCCUCCCAUGGUCACGAACCCUGACUAUAAGGGGGAGUGGAAGCCCAAACAGAUAGACAAUCCUGCCUACAAGGGGAAAUGGGUGCACCCUGAAAUUGACAACCCUGACUACACUGCUGACCCUGAAAUCUACCAAUAUGCCAGCAUAGGGGUGAUUGGAUUAGAUUUGUGGCAGGUGAAGUCAGGCACUAUUUUUGACAAUUUCCUCAUCACCAAUGACCCAAAGCUUGCAGAAGAAGUGGGAAACGAGACAUGGGGUGCAACAAAGGACCCUGAAAAGAAGAUGAAGGACAGUCAGGAAGAGGAGGAGAGAAAGAAACGUGAGGCAGAAGAGACAAAUAAAAAGGAGGCAAAGGAGGAUGAAGAUGAAGAUGAAGAGGACGAGGAGGGAGAAGAGGAAGAAACAGACUCUAAACACAAAGAUGAGUUAUAAACUCAAACAGGAACUUCUGAAAAGGAACCGUGUCUACUAUGAGCCAUUGGAGCAAGGCUGAAGACUGGACUUUGUUUUGUUUACAUGACAACUGAAUGGGCAAAAACUAAGGACCGCAAUUAUUUCUUAUGUUUCCAUGUCCUAUUGAUAAACUAUGGGAGUUCAGAUUUGUCAAGGUUGGAGAUUUAUCUUUAGAUUUGAGACAAGCAUUUUUUAGCAGUGACAUUAUACCAGUAAUUGUUUUUGAAAGUGAAGUUUCAGAAUGUAAUCUCAUCUCUGAAAACAAUGUUCUACUGCUAACCACAUUGUUUCUUAACAUUUCCUGACAAUGUUUACCUCAAAAUGCGUUUUGUUUGUCUGAUUAAUCUGACACAUUUUUGUUGUCUGUGCUACCCGAUGUCUGGUAGGUGCUUGUACCCCAAACAUGUAUAUGGCAGGAUGGAAUAUAUCCCACCCCUUUUUGUGUUUUGGACAUGGUGUGAAAGUCUAAUGCUUUUUCUUUUCUGCAGAUCAUUUUCAGUACUUAUGGUGUGCUUGACUUGGGUCACUGUGUACUGGGUAGGCAGAGUUUUCACAAACUACUCAAGCAAACUCAAGCUACCUUAAAUCAAAUGCACCUUUUUUCUAAAUUGAAAAUAACAAAGAUAAUCAGACUGCAUACAUACAGCUGUUAAGAUAUUCUUAAACACUAAGAAGGAGGGACUGAUGGAUGUCCAUUUAUAUGGUCAUCUUGGGGGCAAUGUCAUUAUGUUGAGUGUUUAUUUUGUUUUUGUUUUUCUGGGGGGUUUUCUCUGGUUUUUAAUGCAAAUGUUUCUGCACUGCUGUACCCUCAAUACUUUUCCAAUGCUGAUUGGAAGUUUACUCUUUUGUGAAACAUUUUAUAGUAUGUAUGGGGAGGAUGAUUUUCAUUUUAUUGUGGAAGAAAGAAGUUCUGAUACAGAUUACUGUCCAAUAAUGAAACAUAAAGGAAGUUACUCAAUUA